AUGAAGAGAUAUUCAACAAAGCAUUUUAAACGCAUUCUAAUUGCUAAUAACGUUAACAUCGACAUUGACCUGAAAACUGGAAUCGUUGCUAAGAAUAUGGCUAAGAAAGAGAAGAUCAAGAAAACAAUCAACACAAUCCAUCAAGUCGACAAUGGCUGA